AAAAAAUAAUACUAUAUCUAUAUAAAUACACAUUAAUCACCGUGCAGGAAAAGAGACAUGAUCCGUUUAUAGCGUAAACCUUUUGGUCAAACUAGAAUAUCACAAUAAUCCCAUUCAUCACUAUAAUUAGUCUCCUCCGCAUCACUUUCAUUCAUCCAUUCCUAUUCAUUCAUAUUAUUCUCUUCUUUCUGAAUAUACAUAGUUUUCGAAGACAAAAACUUUCCAAGAUGAUGAAAACAACCACAUUGUUGGCAGUACUCCUUGUGGCAGCCAUGGCUCAAAUGGGCCAUGGAAUCCCAGACCAAACCCCACAAGGAGUGGAGAAUUGGUUCAAAAGGCUUCCCAAUGCAAAGGAGAAGCUCACUAAGCUCCAUUUCUUCUUCCAGGACGUUGUUUCUGGGCCAAAGCCCACAGCUGUUGAAGUUGCUAGGUCCAAGCUCACAGCAAACUCGCCCACAUUUUUUGGGCUUACCAGGGUUUUCGAUGAUCCAUUAACAGUUACUGGAUCACCCGAUUCCAAGAUCAUCGGUUAUGGUCAAGGGAUCUACUCGUUGACUUCACAGGAAGACGUGGCUUUGCUUUUCACCUUCAACUUUGUUUUCACUGACGGCAAAUACAGCGGCAGCACUCUGAGUCUUCAGGGCUACAAUCCCCUGGAAGCCAAGUACAGAGAAAUGGCGGUCGUCGGUGGUUCCGGCAUUUUCAGGCUCGCCAAAGGAAGUGCAGUCGCAUCGACCUACUGGGCCAACGCAACCACACAAGACGGUAUCGUUGAGUUCACAGUGUAUGUCCUCCACUACGACGUUGAUGGUGAUCAGUAUUCCCAGGACAUUUAACCUUUUUUUUUUUUUUUGGUUUUCUUGUUUACCGGAUCUCAAGUACUGUUGCAGUUGUUUUCUAGUUUUUCUUGGCUUUCUUAUGGUCAUAAUCAAUGUCUGUAGAUGGGCUUUGAUUAUGGAAUAAAACUUUGUAUUUGGAAAGAUUCGACUUCGAAUGAAUGAUGAAUUUUUCCUCUUUCUUCUUAUAAGUAAUUAAUUUCUCGUGAUACAUGC